AUGCUGAGCCUCUCUAUGCGACGGGCAACACCCCGGAUCCGAUGUGCCCAAGUCGCAUGGCGCUCGUAUGUCAGAACCGUAGCUCCAUACUCGUCGUCGCCGUCGAUGCCCAGAUCAACGUCAUCGUCGUCGUCGUCGCGGUUCUCAUCGAGCGCUGCCGCUGCCGCAGCGGAAACAUCGAUUCAAGUGACGGAUCCUCUGCUGUUGUACCACGGGAUGGUCGCGAAUGGGACCGUCAAGUCAGAUCCUGAACAGAUCAGAGCGCUUGUGCAGGUGCGUACACGAGACGGGGGUGCCUGUCUCAGAGAGAUGCGCGCCUCUUAUGUGGUGCUCAGGAUCCCGAGGCGUUGCUAUGGCUUGUUUGCGCCUUCAACAAACCUUGACUCCACACUUACACCCUCACCGAACUUCAAUAGAUGCGCAAACUAACUGAAGAACUACUGGACUACUCACCGCCCGUGCGGUUGUUGACCUUGCUCGAGUCGUUACGUCCGACGAACGACCCGCUGGCCUUCCAAAUCCCCGAGUGGCCCUUCCGUCGCUCGCCGCUCUCGUCCCGAGGGAUCGAGCUCUCAGAGGACGAAGAAGCCGAACGAUCAUCUCUCCUCUCCAUGUCGGAGAAAGAAAAGUCGACCGCGCUUGUCAAGGUCCUCAAGGAUGACCAGGGGCUCGAAGGCCUCGACACCCCGAAAGGUUUUCUCCUCACCGGUCCACCGGGGACGGGCAAAUCUUUCCUGGUGGACCUCUUCUUCGCCUCGCUUCCUGUUCCCCACAAGGUCCGCUUUCAUUACCACUCGUUCCUCCUGUUCAUCUACUCGGCCGUGCACCAGGCGUUGGAGAAGCAGAGGGUCGAGUUCGAACUCGAGGAGAGGAGGAUGAAUGAGCUCGCAGAUCAAGGCGACGGCACGGCGGGCUACCCUUGGUCCAGGAGAGAGGAGAUGAAGGCCUUGGCACUUUCGAAAGGCUGGAGAGCCGUGUUCGCCGGAGGGAGGAGUCCCAAAGACCACGAUCUCAACACGAGGGAAUUCGUCCUCGCAGGUGUCGCGAGGGAUCUCAUCAAGACCUAUGGGUGGCUGCUCGCCUUUGACGAGGUGCAACUAGUCGAUAUCGCGGGUGCGGGCUUACUCAACAGAGUCAUCAGUUGGUACUGGAGACUGGGUGGGGUGGUCGUGGGGACAUCGAAUCGACUACCGCAGGGUGAGUGUAGUGUUCUACGGGGGGUCGUAGCCAGAACGAUCACACUGAUUCGGCUGACCCGCGCGUGCUCACCCACGAGAUUAGAUCUCUACAACUCGGGCGUACAAAAGGAAUCGCUCAGUCCGUUCCUCCUCGCUCUUGCCGCACGGUCACCUGUACUCGAGCUCCGAUCCGCGACGGACUAUCGCCGUGAGCAGCAUGGCAAGGAUGCGUUGGAUGGGACGAACGAUCGCGAACCAGGAGACUUUGGACAAGUCGAAGCAUGGCAACGAUGGGGUAGCGCCGCUAAGGGAUGGUUCGUCAAGGGCCAGGAGGCAGAGUUCCAAGAUGCGGUCGAGCGAAUCGUCGGUAAUAACGAAGGGAAACCGACGAGCAUGAAGGUAUAUGGCCGCAACGUCGUCAUUCCCUGGGCCGUCGGUGGCGUCGCUAGGUUCUCCUUUUCCGAACUGUGCGAAAAGGCGCUUGGACCGGCGGACUUUAUCUCGCUCGGGAGUCAAUUCCAUACCCUCAUCCUGACCGACGUUCCGGUGCUCUUGUUGAGUCAAAAGAACGAAGCGAGAAGAUUGAUCACCUUGUUGGAUGCGCUCUACGAAAGCAAGACGCGCCUAUUGGCCUUUGCCUCCGCCCAAGUUGACGACCUUUUCUUCCCCGAUGCUCUACGCGCCAUCGCCAACGACGAUGAAUCGGGAUCAGCGCCGCAGAGCGAGUACACCCAACCUUCCCCUGAUGACAUCACGACGUCGAGCGGCUCGAACCACCCCUUCUCCUCGGAACGCAUCUACGAGGCCGACGGGACGAUCUCGGACCCUUCAUCGUCCCGAGGGAUGGACGCCGCGGCCGAGAUUGGCGAUUCUUUGACGCAAGAGAUGAUCGGGGAUGUCAUUCAGGACCUCGAAGCGCCUUACCGGCCCAACGUUUCGUCUUACGACGAGUCCAAGGGGCAGACGAUGUACGAACAGGACGAGGCCCGGAUCGAACACCAGCGGGAUGCCGCUGCCGAGGCGAAGCAACAUCGGCAACGGUCUUCGGAGACGAAAGAGGAACCGCAUCCUACCGCUUCGCCGCCCUCGUUCCGCAAUUUGGCUAUUUUUACGGGCGAGGAAGAAAGGUUCGCCUUCAAGCGGGCCGUGUCGCGCGUCCAUGAGAUGUCGUCGACCGAAUACCUCGUCACGGCUCAGCAUGCGCCUCUGGACCCAAGGUUCCGAACAUGGGAAAGGCCCGGUCAGAUCGAGAGUUCCGUCGAGGGGGUCCGGAGAAUGGGACGAGAUGCGAGACAUGUCCUUGGAGCCAAGGAAGAGAUCGAGGCUGAUGAAUCGACGUUGAGCGGGGCCAUUUCGCCGAGUCAAUUGAGGGUAAGACAUCCCGAGGGUUUGCCGAAACAUCCGACCGUCGAGGUCGAACGCACCACGGCCAAGGGGACAAAGUACGACAUCCUUAACAUCGAAGAUACCAGGCGGGAGGUGCCGCCUCCGGUUUUCAAGGAUGUGCACGUAUGGGGGGUCCGAGAGGUACGUCGUGGUCAUUACCAGAUAGGUUAUGAUUAUCUCGUAGUGGUCUCUAAGAGCGGCAGUUUGAAGCUCACGCACACCGCACUUGCUUGUCGGCACAGGACUGGGGCAAAGCAGCGGGGAAAUGGGGCCAAGGAGCGAGUGCGCACGAAAAGAAGGAGGGAGAGGAUAAGAAGUGA